CAUCAUUUCAUGAGCUCAUGGAGGAAGCCACUCGCAGCGACAACAGAUGAGAGGUACUCUGUGCUCUCUUCCUUUCUGAACCGAGACAUCUUCUGUGGCAAUGCAUUCAAGUCUGCCUUGAUAUAGCUCUAACUUUACAAGCUGUUGUCUGUAUUGUUCGCAAAGAUGGAACAAACUUUGUCUGAUCUACUCACUGAUGCAUUUUCAGAAACAACUGUUCCGUCAUUCCCGGAUGGAGAUUUGGAUUUCGAGAAUUUGAAUUUUGAUGAAGACCUUGAGGAGGACAAAGUAGACCUCUCUCUUAAAGAUUUACCAACAAAGGAAGACGAGGCUCUGCACCAGGAAGCAAGUGCUCAAACUGCAGUUUUGCCUAGCAUGGAAACUAAAGACACAUACAUGUCUAAAAAUGUAGAUGACGAGCCGUCUGAUGAGGAGGACUUUCGAGGCGGUGAGUUCAAAAUACCAGAGGAAGAUUAUACAAGCUCAGAUGGAGAUUCUGAACAGGAAGGUUCUGCCUCUGGAGAGGAGGAGGAGGAGGAGGAGGAGGAGGAGGAGGAGGAGGAGGAGGAGGAGGAGGAGGACACGGGAACAGGAGAGAAACCAGGGGAAUUGUUGGAGUCGGUCCACUGCGCCGCCGAGUACUACAGUGGUAAUAAAGAGGACAGGAUCUUUGCAGAGGGACAACCUCUGGCCCCAGAGGGUGCCGAACACACUCAAGUUAGAAACGAGGAGCAAGGUGAGAGCGAGAGUGAUGAGGAGGAGUCCUAUUUUGAGCGUGUCCCCGAACGUGGCAGUGAGAUGAUGACAAAAGGUGACGGAAUUGAAGAGGACGAGCGAGAGAGGGAAGAAGAAAAGGAAGAGGACUCGUCCGACUCUGAGCGUGAGGGCAUGAAAAUCGAACGAGAAGAAAACGUUCUCGAGCAGGAGGUUGAAAGUCCUCAGCGGGACGCUCCGACGAAAGCCAGUCCGGAGUUUCCAGAAAUUUCAGAUCAAAACCUGCAGGAUCUCAUCGCUGAAGUUGACAGCGAGGAGUUUGCAGAGAAAAUGAAGGAUUUCUCUGGGGAGGAGCACCAAGAGGCCGGCGAGAGCUUUGCAGACUACCCCUCUGACUUUUCUUCUUGUGAGUAUGUGGAGGAUGGAGGGAAGAAUCAAGAUCACCCGUCGGUUCCAAAGCAGGAGGACACCGAUGACGAAGCGGGAGAGGAGUAUCUGUACAGCAUAGAUUUAGAGGUGGACGCUGACAGGUUCAGAGGGAAAACCGAGAUCGUCGAGCACACGUUGACAAGUGAGGACACAAGUGAGAGUGAUUCCUACAGCUCCAGUGAGGAGGAUGAGGUCCAAGGAAAGAAGAGCGACGAAGAACCCUUAGAGAAUGUGUGUCCACGAGGUCUGGGAAACAACAACCCACUGGAGGAGGAUGAGAUCAGUGAUGUGUUCGCCAGGUGGAGCACAGCUGAGGACAGCGCAGCCUUUGAUAUAAACUGGAAUCUCGACAUGUCAACAACUGAUACCCUUCUCUCUGAAGAGCCGCUAACCACAGAGGAUCCAGACAAAGCGGAAACACUGCUUUCACAUGUUACUCCGCGUCCUGGAGAAGACGAAAAAAACACCUACGCAGCGGUACAGAGAGGGGACACAAUAGCCACAAGCCCCUCCAACCAGGGAUCCCUGGAUGAUGGCUUCUUCUUCAACACCGAACUGGAAGCCUUUGGGGCCUCCGAGCUGGGACAGCUGGGAGACGACGAGUACGAAGACGAAAGGAACUGGGAGCAAGAGCAGGAGAGGAUCAAGGCUUUCUACGAGUUCUAUGACGACAGCGAUGGGGAGAACGGAAGAGAGGGAAGGCAGACCAGAGUUCAGUUUUGUGCAGAUCCACUGUCUCAAGUCAUUCGCUAUGAAACUGACAGCAGCGACAGAGAUUCACUGAGCAGCUCCACAGACGGGGAGGAGGAUCCGAGCUCUGCAGAAACAUCUGAGGAGUUGAGGGAGCCUGAUGCCACCACACAAAUGAAUCCUGUUUGUGAUCCUCCAGAUCUUCAGCUACCAGAGAAUGUGCCAGAUCUCAGUGACACACACAAAAUUACCAGGAAUCACAAAUGUCUCGACAUGCUGAAGCUGACACUGAAGAUGUGUGUGGUGGUGGUGACGGGACUGCUGAUGUUCUGGUUGGCCACAGACCAAGCAGGCUGGCUCAGCCAAGCCUCAUUCUUUUAGGGCAAAACCUUACUUCAGUCCUUAAAACUGUGUUCACUUGCUUAAAAGACAAAUUCAAAAUGACAGUAUUGUAGUGUAAAAAAGCAGUGUAAAGUGCUGGACAUUCAACUGUGUGUAUUGUUAACUGUAAUAUGCAAUUUUGUGCUUAAUAAAUAUAUAUCUUUGUUUA